GAAUUGAAUGACUGUGAAAAUUCCCGCAAGUGCAAGUGUUCGAGUUGUAGUCAUCCGAGUGAUAAGUGCGUAUCGAGUGAAUUCGAACUGACACUUUUGGCGACAUUAGUGCUUCAAGAUGUAUCACAAUCCGCUUCAGCAGCCAGUGUCGGAGGGUUAUUUUCCGACGAAUUUUCGCGUUUUUGAUGGGCGCAUGCAUAUGGGGCUUCAUCACAUGGCCAGCAACGAAAUGAGCCAUGUGAGCAACGGUAAUGUUCAGCCAAACUUUGGUUUUCCGAACGAAGACCUUUACUAUUCAGGCCAACAGCACUUUGCCCACACGGUGCCUCAUAUCUCCUCCGUUGGCAGUUUCGAGCAAGAAUAUGCCUCGGAGGGCAGCCAAGGAUCGUUGUCGCCUCAACAACCGAUCCAGUCGCAACAGACCAAUCUGAGUCCUUCCCCUAAUAACAAUACAAGUGCGUAUAGUGCAAGUGGUGUCGUUCUCCAGAAUAGUACGCCGUCGUCUCCAAAUCCUUCAAAGCCUCCACAAUAUCCCUCAACGGGAGCACCACCCUUCUUGCGGUGUUAUCCUCUAACACCGAAUGUGAGUCAACACGAAUGCACCCAACCGCAUAUUCCGCCCAGUUCCCGCUCGGGAGCCACUAGGAGUCCCUACGAAUGGAUCAGAAGACCCACGUAUCAGAACCAACCUAAUCCUGGUAAGCAGUGCUUAAACCCACUUGUUUCUUAUGCUUGAAUUGAAGUUAGUAGCCAAUGAAUAGUAGAAUACGGUACA